ACAUAAGCAGAUUUGUGAGUAUCAUCUACCAGGUUUUGCUAUUUUACGUUUAUCAAACUUAAGCGUCUAGGUGGGUCGCAGGAAGUACUGAACAUCUAACAAAUAAGAUCGAAAUGAACAUCCAACAAAUAAGAUCAUUAAAAAAACUUAAAUCAGUUUUAAAGUUAUGUCAACUUUCAGGAUCUCGCUAUCAAUCAACUCAGAUUCAAUCUUCAGAAUUGUUUGCAAGAUUACAAGAAAUUAUACCUGAAAAAAAGAAGCAAGUUGCAGACUUUCGCAAGGAACAUGCUAAUACAAAAAUCGGUGAAGUAACUGUUGGAAUGGUUUAUGGUGGCAUGAGGAGUAUCAAAGGUUUAGUUACUGAAACAUCUGUACUUGAUCCUGAAGAGGGUAUUCGUUUCAGAGGUUAUAGCAUUCCUGAAUGUCAAAAACUGUUACCAACUGCAGAUGGUGGGCGUGAGCCAUUGCCUGAAGGAAUAUUUUGGCUUCUUUGCACUGGUGAAAUUCCUACAAAAGCUCAAGUUGAUUCUCUUUCCAGAGAUUGGGCAUCUCGUGCAGAACUUCCUCAACAUGUUGUAAUGAUGCUUAACAAUUUUCCUGAGGAUCUUCAUCCUAUGACGCAAUUCGCAACAGCAAUUGCUGCUUUGAACAAGGACAGUAAAUUUGCACAAGCUUACUCAAAGGGUGUCUCAAAAUCUGAUUACUGGAUUUAUGCUUUUGAAGAUUCGAUGGAUUUGAUUAGCAAACUUCCUGUUGUUGCAGCAUGUAUAUAUAGAAACUUGUACAGAGAUGGAAAGGUUUCUCCUAUUGAUCCAUCUAAAGAUUGGAGUGCAAAUUUAGCAAAUAUGUUGGGCUAUACCAAUAGUGAUUUUACAGAACUUAUGCGGUUAUAUUUAGUCAUUCACUGUGAUCACGAGGGAGGAAAUGUAAGUGCUCAUGCAACUCACUUAGUUGGAAGUGCCCUUUCAGAUCCAUAUUUAUCACUUUCCGCUGGUAUGUGUGGAUUGGCUGGUCCUCUUCAUGGUCUUGCUAACCAGGAAGUUUUAAUAUGGUUAAAAAAAUUAGUUGAUGAUAUUGGCUAUGAUGUUACUAAAGAACAGAUGUUGGAAUACAUUCGCAAAACAUUAGAAACUUCGGUUAUUCCAGGCUAUGGUCACGCUGUGCUUAGAAAGACUGAUCCUCGUUACACAUGUCAGCGUGAGUUUGCACUUAAGCAUCUUCCCAAUGAUCCUCUAUUUAAAAUAGUUGAAAAAGUUUACGAUGUUGUUCCAAACGAGUUGCUUGCCCUUGGGAAAGUUGCCAAUCCAUGGCCUAACGUUGAUGCACAUUCGGGAGUUUUAUUACAGUAUUACGGAAUGACAGAAAUGAAUUAUUACACAGUAUUGUUUGGAGUUUCUCGUGCUCUCGGAGUUUUAUCUUCGCUUGUAUGGGAUCGUAUAUUUAGUUUACCUAUUGAGCGCCCAAAAAGCAUGAGCACCGAACAACUGAUAAAAAUGGUUAGAAAAUAAUGCUAAAGAAUUUCCAGAAUUAUACGUUUUAUAUGUAAAUAAACAGUUCAAUUUAUAAAAAGUCUUUAUGAUUUUGAAAAUAAUAUCAUUAGAAAA